AGCGGUGUUUGGCGCACCGAGCGUCGCUCGGAUGGCGCCCAGCUGCGAGAACCGACAGCCCGCGCUGCCGGACAGCGAUCCACACCCAGACUGGGUCAGGAGCCACCUCCCGAGCCAGACCGCGCCGCCCUCCUUGAACGGAUCUCGACGGGCCUCCCGCACCGUGCGCUUCGCGCUCGAGCCGGAGAACCUGACACUGGAUAACUCCUUCGAGAACUGGGACUGGCCAGAGAAGAGCCACAACGAGCGGCCGAACCGGCUGCUGCACGAGUGCCACGUCAAGCGAUUGGACGCGUACCUUGAGGACGCAGUCCGCCCCCGUCUUGGGUCACGCCUUUGCGGGCGCUUUCGAUCAGGCGAGCCGGCUGCAUCGCUUUGACCUGAUCGCGAAGCGGGCACGCCGCGCACAGCCCGGGCGCUUCUUGCCGUGAGGCGGAGCUCCAAAACUGCAACCGAGCUGCAACCCGAAAAGGCUCGACUGUCC